AUGGAUGUUUUGAGUCGUGACUUAGCUCCAAAGAUUCGCGGUGCGUUGAAAAUAGGUAUACUAAUUGUUGGGGCACUACUUGUCAUUUCUUUCUUAUUGUUUCCGGAUAUCACACGGAUCGUUCGAGAUACCAGCCCAAAGAAAUGGCAGUUCGGGCUGCCGACUGUUUACUCUCAAGCUAGGUAUGGCGAGGAACCCGGCGUUCUUCGAGGUGAUGGCCAACUGACAAGUGUAGACAUGAUCGAGGACCUGGGAUCAAAGAGAAUGAAUGCAACCGACCCUAGAUUAUUGAAGCUCCUCCGCGAAAAAUGGCUUCUUGCACCCUCCAGCCGUCCAUACCACUUAGAUAAACCACAAAAAAUACACGCGUCUCAGGUUGGGCAAUCACAGGCAAUUGAUAAGCUACUGAAACAGAGAAAAAACGGUUUCUUUGUCGAGGCGGGAGCCGCGGAUGGUGAACUUAUAUCUAACUCCUUGUUUUUUGAGAGAUUUCGGAACUGGACGGGAGUACUUGUAGAAGCAAACCCAUGGGCCUUUGAUAAGAUGGCCAAAAAACACAGGAAAUCCAAUGUCAUCAACGCUUGCCUGUCCCCAAUACCGCACCCAGUCCGAAUAGAAUUUAACUAUGCCGAUUUUUUUGGUGGCAUCACUGAUAUGGGCCACAAGUUUCCACGCAGGGGAAAAGGCAAAGGACUAGCACAGUGUUUCCCAAUACAUUCCAUCCUGGCCGCACUGGGCGUCAGCCACGUGGAUUACUUCUCCCUGGACGUCGAGGGGGCCGAAAUGGAGAUUCUCAAGACAUUCCCUUGGAAAGAUAUCAUUGUGGACGUGUGGACUGUAGAGUACGGGGUCUUCUAUGCUACGGGAGGAAAAGAGGAGGCCCGACGCAUGUCAGAAAUCAGGAAGAUCUUCCAAAACACAGGGGUGUACCAAGAGAUAAAUGCUCCUGGAUUAAAAUUUGAUUUUCUAUUCGCUCGAAAGGAGAUAAUGGCCUUGUAAAGAAGGCGUUGCUGACUUGAUCAUCCCUAAAGCUGAACUCAAACAUCUCCUAUAUAAACUUCGGUUGUCUGAUCACGUCAUGACGAGUUCAAGUCAAACUCCGAGAUUCAGGGGACGUUGGGAACUUCGUUCUCUACUUUCGAUUAUCAUACAUGCAAUUUCACAAGUUAUCAUUGUCAGUAACGCACCAAAAGUCCAAAACCCUUGCAUGGGAAACCUGAAAUAUCCAAAAUGACCUCAAAUUACCAUAGAAAUUCACACUCGUGCAUAUAAAAUGGCCUUGUUCUUGAUUCGUACCACUGUGUCAGGCUAAUGAUACACUACUUUCGUUAAUGUGCACACAUCUGCUGUUUGUAAUGAUAAUUAUUCAAUUUGUUAAAUCCAAAAAGGUCUCCAACAGUACGAAGACAUAUAUUAAUGAAUGGGAUUAUAAAUCAUUUAUCUAUUUAACUUUUCAAAGUCAAUUUGUCUCCUUUUCAAUGCGUUGUCUUACAGUA